AUGGCUAAGAAGGCUGCUAUUCAAGAAUUUCAAGAUUUAAAUGAGAUCAAACUUGGAAAACUGGAGGGUAAGCUUAUCACUUAUGAAAUGGAGAUUAAGCCCAAGAAUAUUAAAUAUGCUUUAACUGAUGAAGAAUGGAUCUUGGCUAUGCAGGAAGAGCUAAAUCAGUUUGAGAGGAAUGCAGUUUGGUCCCUUGUUGAUCAUCCAUCAAACACUAAUGUUAUUGGCACAAAAUGGAUUUACAAGAACAAGUCUGAUGAGUCAGGAAAUGUAAUUAGAAAUAAGGUCAAGCUUGUUGCUCAAGGAUACUCUCAACUUGAAGGUGUUAAUUUUGAUGAAACCUUCGCUCCUGUUGCUCGUCUUGAAUCUGUCAGACUUCUUUAUGAUAUUAAAUAG